UCCGGCUUGCAGUUACUGAAACUCCCUGCAGGAACUCCUGGCUACUUUCCUCCAGCGUUUGAGCUGCUGAACACAAUGCCAUUCAUGCCACGGGGCGAAAACAGGCGAAGAGCCUGCUGCUCCGUUUGCCCAACAAUGUGGAGAACAUGCAGUGUUUUUUGCGCAUGGAGUCUCCUGUUUUUGACAGAGGUCUAUGCGCAGGCUCAGCGGAGACCAAGCUUCACAUGCGGAGGAAACAUUACAGGGGAAUCUGGAGUAAUCGGGAGCCAGGGGUACCCAGGAGUUUACCCUCCAAAUACCAAAUGUGUGUGGAGGAUCACGGUCCCUGAGGGAAAGGUAGUGGUCCUGUCAUUCCGCUUUAUUGACCUGGAGAGCGACAAUCUAUGCCGCUACGACUAUGUGGACGUUUACAGUGGCCAUGUCAGUGGCCAAAGACUUGGUCGCUUCUGUGGGACGUUCACACCGGGAGCCCUGGUUUCCACGGGCAACAAGAUGCUCCUGCAGAUGGUAUCUGAUGCCAACACAGCUGGGAGUGGCUUCCUGGCUGUUUUCUCUGCUGCCCACCCACAUGAGCGAGGGGACCAGUACUGUGGAGGAAGACUGGACAAACCCUCAGGGACUUUCAAAACACCCAACUGGCCGGAGAAGGACUACCCAGCUGGUGUCACCUGCUCCUGGCACAUAGUGGCACCAAGGAACCAGAUCAUUGAAGUCAAAUUCGAGAAGUUUGAUGUGGAAAGAGACAACUACUGCCGCUAUGACCACGUCUCCAUUUUCAACGGAGCAGAGAUCAACGAUGCCAAGAGGAUCGGCAAAUACUGUGGAGACAGCCCCCCAGCGCCUGUAUUCUCAGACGGGAACCAGCUCCUCAUCCAGUUCCUGUCAGAUCUCAGUCUGACCGCAGACGGUUUCAUUGGACACUACAAGUUCCGACCAAAGAAAUUCCCCACCACCACGAUACCACCCACCACUACCACACAGCCAGUCACCACCAGGCCCAUACCUCUGAAGUACUCCGUCGCCCUGUGCCAGCAGAAAUGCAAAAGACGAGGAACACUUGAGAGCAAUUACUGCUCCAGCAAUUUUGUGAUAACCGGGACUGUAAUUACUGCGGUGAUGAGAGGAGGAAGCAUGUACGCCACUGUCUCUAUCAUCAACGUGUACAAAGAAGGCAGCCUGGCCAUCCAGCAGGCAGGAAAGACCAUGAGUACCAAGAUCAUUAUCUUGUGCAAGAAGUGUCCAUUUAUCAGGAGAGGCUUGAACUACAUCUUCAUGGGCCAGGUGGACGAGGAGGGCCGGGGCAAAAUCGCCCCUCACCACUUUGUCAUGGCGUUUAAGACGAAGAACCAGAAAGGACUCAACGUUCUGAAAAACAAGCGGUGCUGAGUUUCCAGUAGCGCAGAGGAUCUCCACUGGACAGGUUUGCCCUAAAGGCUCAGCUGUGGAUGGAAACAAUUAAG